GCUUGUUAAUUCGUGAAUUAUUUGAAAUCUCCAAACAUUCACAAAAGAGGCUCUAAAACAUCUCAAGAAAUCUUCAAGUCAACCGUAACUUUAAAAUACAGUUGGUUAAAAACAUUGUUCAUGAAUGGCGCCAAAAGAACCCAAUACCUUUCUCUUCUAAAACACUUUGCAGCCACUAAAUCUCUUACUGAAACUAAACAACUCCAUGCCCAUACCAUUACUGCCUCCCUUCUGGAACCCACCUCUGCCCAUCUCCAGUCAGGUCUUGCUCGGUCGUACAUGCAUUGUGGGUAUGUCUCCUAUGCACGUAAAAUGUUCGAUCAAUUGCCUAAACCAAGUGUACUCUUAUAUAAUAACUUGUUGACAAUGUAUACAUACAGUAAACUUUAUUUUGACGCACUGAAGGUGUAUUCUGAAAUGCUUCGAUCAGGCUAUUGCUUCCCAGAUAACUAUACAUACCCCGUUGUUAUCAAGGCGUGUAGUGAAUUGGGUUUGAUUGAAUUGGGUAAAAUGAUUCAUGGGCAGACUGUGGUAUCCAUGUUUGGUUCUUAUAUAUAUGUGAAUAAUUCUUUACUGGCAAUGUAUAUGAACUGUGGACAGAAGGAAGCUGCAGAGAGAAUUUUUGAUGUAAUGAAAGAGAGGAGUGUGAUUUCUUGGAAUAUUAUGAUUAAUGGGUAUUUUAAAAAUGGGUGUGCGGAGAAAGCUUUGAUGGUUUUUAAUCAGAUGGUUGAUUUAGGGGUUGAGAUUGAUUGUGCUAGUGUGGUUUCUGUGUUGCCUGCUUGUGGGCAUUUGAAGGAAUUGGAGAUGGGAAGAAGGGUUCAUGCAACGGUGGAAGAUAAAGAUUUAGGAAAUAAAAUAGCAGCAAGAAAUGCAUUGAUUGAUAUGUAUGCAAAAUGCGGUAGCAUGGCUGAAGCAAGAUUGGUUUUUGAUGGGAUGGAUGAACGGGAUGUGAUUAGUUGGACUUCAAUGAUUAAUGGGUACAUUCUGAAUGGUGAUGAGAAAAGUGCAUUGACACUCUUUAGGACCAUGCAGAUGGAGAGAAUAAUACCCAGUUCAGUCACUAUAGCCUCAGUUCUUUCAGCUUGCAUUAAUUUGAAGGAUGGCCGUUGUUUUCAUGGUUGGACAAUGAGGCAAAAUCUUGAUUCAGAAAUUAUUGUAGAAACUUCAUUGAUUGACAUGUAUGCAAAAUGUAAUCGUGUUGACCUUAGCUAUGGAGUUCUUAGAAGAACUUUAGGAGAGAGAACAGCUCCAUGGAAUGCAAUGCUCUCUGGGUGCAUCCAUAAUGAUCUUGCAACUGAGGCAAUAACACUUUUCAAGCAAAUGCUAUUAAAAAAAGUUGAACCAGAUGGUGCAACAUUUAAUAGUCUGCUUCCUGCAUAUGCCAUUCUUGCUGAUUUGCUGCCAGCAAAGAAUAUUCAUUGUUACCUAAAGAAGACUGGGUUUCUGUCAGGUUUAGAAGUUGCUACAUGUCUGAUUGAUAUAUAUUCUAAGUGUGGAAGUCUAGAAUCUGCUCAUCGAAUUUUUAAUGCCAUCAUCCCCAUAGGUGUGAGGGACAUUUUUGCGUGGAGUGUUAUAAUUUCUGGUUACGGAAUGCAUGGACAUGGUGAGACUGCUGUUUCACUUUUUAGACAAAUGGUUCAAUCUGGUGUGAGACCAAAUGAAGUUACGUUUACUUCCAUAUUGCAUGCUUGCAGUCAUGCUGGUUUGGUGGAUGAGGGUUUGCAGUUGUUUGAACUCAUGCUUAGAGACCUCAAGACAACCCCUCAUGAUGAUCACUACACUUGCAUUGUUGAUCUGCUUGGUCGUGCUGGUCGAUUAGAUGAAGCUUAUGAUCUAAUUAGAAAGAUACCUUUUAUUCCUAGCCACUCUGUUUGGGGUGCAUUGCUUGGUGCAUGUGUAAUACACGGCAACGUUAGAGUGGGAGAGGUUGCAGCACAAUGGCUAUUUGAGCGCGAGCCAAAUAACACUGGAAAUUACGUACUUCUGGCUAAACUUUAUGCUGCAGUGGGAAGAUGGAAAGAUGCAGAAAAUGUGAGGCAUAUGAUGAAUGAUAUAGGAUUAAGAAAAGAACCUGGCCACAGUCUGAUUGGUGCCACAAAUACAUGAAAUGGCAAGAUUUUGUAAAAGUAAACGAAAAAGCUUGUCAUCGGCACACUAAUAUAUCCAUGGAAACAUGAUUGCUUCAUCCAAAAAACAUGGGUGACCACCCAAAUUGGAAGGCAUAUGGUCCCCAUAAGUGCUAAUCAUUGUUCAUGAAAUCAUUUGAUUAGGUUUUAUGAAGUAGGUCUGCUAACCUUAGAAUUCCUUCAGGAUGGAAUAAGGAGGGCCAUUCUUUUUAACUUAUGGACAUGAUGAAUCAGAUAAAUCAAUGGUGCAUCAAGUCAAGAGCAGAAGAUAUCUGUCAGGGGAACAAUUUUACAACAAUUUGCAUUUUUUUUUCUCUUUUCCUUAAAUUUAUAAUGGCUGGAAUGUGACUCAUAUUCUCUUGAGAAACAGGAUUGGCUAGAAGCGAAACGUGCAUCGUUAAUAUUCUGGAAUGUCUCAGGUUAGCCUCGUCAGGAGGGUAGAUUGUAUCAUAUGCCUAAAUAGCAGGAUUGACUCGUGAACUGGCUGUAUCAUAUCUUGGGGGAUUAGCCGUCUUCUGAGGUGGUUCAGAUUGCGCAUCACCAUAUGAGAGAGUUGAUGUGAAGCACCAUGUAAGUUUUAAAAGUCCCCCACCACGGUUCCUUUAUUAUAUUGCAUUUUAGACAUAAGGAACUGAAAUGCCUAUCAAGCAUUAUUCAAUUAAUUUAUGUAGUUAUUCGCCUAGUUUCCUUUUAGUUACCAAGUAUUUAUAUUAUAUGCAUCUUUGUAUUAUUUAAAGUGGUGAUUUGACGAAAACAUAGAUGUCAUGAUGUGCAUGUUGGAGUUGAAUAUAUUUUGGUUUAAACCAAACAUAGCAAAGUUGACUGCUUAAAAGGAUGGUUUAGUUGACACAA